AUGUCUUCCAUUAUUCCUAUAAUCGCAACUAGUGAUCAAAAUGGUAGUGUCAAUGCCAGCCGAUUUAUAUGGAAACCUUCUUCUCACCUCAGCUAUAUGUCUCAACUUGAUAUUGACCAAGUUGCUAAUAAUAUCCGACAAACUCCCAUUGGAUGCACUCUUGGCAAGUCUUGGUGUGGAUCAGAAGAUCUUGAAAAAAUGAUCAGAGUUGGAAUGAAUAUUUUAGUUAUUGAUCCAACGAUACUUUCGAGGGAUGUCUGCAAAGAAGUUGUAAAAUCCAUUCGAAAUAUUGAAAAAGAUUCUGAUCAUACAUUUAUUGUUGCUAUUGCAGUUGAUAUCAGCGGUGCUCCUGUGAGUACUGGAAAUUUUAGGGAGGGACUAGCUUACGAAGUUAAUUUAGAAGAAGGAGCUCGUGUCACUUUGACAUUAGAUGAGAAGUACAGGAAUAAUUGCACAAAAGAUAUGAUUUUUAUCGACACAGAAUACUUUCCCAAACUUAUUCAUAGCCUUCGCAAAGGAGAUCGAAUUUACCUAGACGGUCAAAUCGCCCUCUACAUUCGCGAUAUUGGCUUCGACUGCAUCAGCUGUGUUGUAGAGGAAGGUGGCCUAUUAGGAAGUUUCAAACGUGUUUAUCCACCAAGAAAUCGUCUUAAUCCAGAGUCUGUGUACGCUUCCUAUAUGAGGGAUCUCAAAUUUGCUUCUGAUAUCGAGGCCGAUUUUGUCUUUACCAACUUUUCUGAAAAUGCGGCAAUGAUACAAGAAGUUCGUAUGCACCUUCCCGAAAAAACCAAAGUGUUUGCGAAAUUAGAAAAUCAAGAAUCGAUUAAAAACCUUCGAGAGAUUAUUGAGUCGUCUGAUGGUGUGGUGAUCUGCCGAAGCAUUCUUGCUAUGCACUAUCGACAAGAGAAAAUUUUCAAACUUCAGAAGUACAUUAUCGGCAAUUGCAAUGUUUCUGAGAAGCCGGUUUUCUUGUCAGGACAAUUGGUUGAGUCAAUGACUUGUAAAGUGGUGGCAACUCGUGCUGAAGCCUCUGACAUCGCCAAUGCUGUUCUUGAUGGUGCUGAUGGACUUAUUUUGACAAUCGAAACUUCUAGGGGCACUUUUCCUUCCGAAACAGUUGAUGUUGUCGAUAAUAUCUGUCGUGAAGCCGAACGCGCAAUCUGCUACGAUAUUUCACGAAAUGAGUUGAAUGAUAUGCGAAUGAUACGAGGGCUGGCAAACAAUGCUAUCAAGAAUGUUACUGGAGCUUCAGCUGUCGAGGCUGCUGACAGUUGUGGGGCUUCUGCCAUCUUCAUUGUCACCACAACUGGAAUGUCAGCUAUCUCAAUUGCUAUGUCGCGACCCCCGUGCUUGGUUAUUGCUAUCACGAUCGACAUCAAUGUAGCUCGUUAUUGUCUCGCCUACAGAGGCCUCCAUCCAUACCUCUUCACGGGUGAGAAAGCGGAUGAAUGGUCUGAUGAUAUUGACAAUCGUAUUAAUGCCGGUAUUGGUUAUGCCCGAGGCAUGGGAUUGGUGAAGACUGGAGAUCGAAUUGUUGUGGUGGCAGGAUCAGUCGCUACUAGUGGCAGCACCAACACAAUGCACAUUUUCACUCUUGAGGGUGAAGUGGGUAAGCUGCGGUUUGUGGCAUCAUCGAAUGAGUUGGCUUCUGUUGGCGAAUCCGAGAAGAACCGUUCAUUCACUUUCUCAGAGAACGAUGUUUCUAAAGGGCAGAGGUAUUCUGUCAUGUUGGCUCGCAGUCGUAGCACCUUUGGCGGUAUCGCUGAUAUUCGUUCGCCAGUCUAA